CCAACCCAGCUGCGGUCACACUGCUGCUAAAGAGAAAAGAUUCGUACGGAAUAUAAAUAACUUUUCGACGAUAAACAAGACCACUUGGAGGGCUUUAUUUUACACAAGGACCCGGCAAUAUGGAUCGCAAUAACGGACGGUAUCCCUACAAUAUAAGGCGCCAGAACAGCGGACACAAUCCGUCGCACAGCUACCAUCAUCACCACAACAACAAUUCGGUUGCGGGGGCGUCGAAUUCUCCGGGCUACAACAAUCACAGCGCCGGAAGCUCUCCGUCCGUCGGUGCGCACAACAACAGCAAUGCUCUCUAUGCGACAGCCGCCGGACAACAACAACAACAACCACAGAGCCUGCCCAUCUCGCAGCACGACGAGCUGAUCCGAUAUAUCCGGGAGGCAUGGAAUAAGGUCUAUGAACAGAGCCCACCUGUGCUCUACUGCAACGAAUCUGAUAAUCAGCUGAAAAACUUCAAGCCAUUCGAUCUGGAGGAGUACUGGGGCCAGCGGCUGGUGCAGAACAUUCACGUGACCACCACGCAGGCUGGGGGACACCAGUAGAAACGGGAAUCUUACAGCGGACAACGGCAUGUGCUUCAUGUGGUAACAAUUAAUUAAAUUAUACAUUUAAAGGGGUGCCAGCUCCUCCCCCCGAUUAUUGACUAGUUUCCAUGCGAUUGGAAUUUACAUUUAUGUGUUUGUUUGCGACCUGCUUUGGACUUAUAUUGUGUGUAAAAAUUUAUUAAAAUCCACUGCCAGCUGAAAGGCAAAUAUUGUAUUCAAUAAAGCGACGAUUGGCUAACGAUUUUACCCCAAUGGCACCCUGAAUCUAGCAUGCUAUCUGCAUUUAAGUGUUGUGCAUUAAGCGCGCUUAAAAUUUGACCAGAACAACAAUAAACAAUCUAGAUCGUAGACAAAUUGAAAACA